AUGGAUGCUGAUCUAUCAGUUGGUCAUUACUGUGUUCUCAACAAGGACAAGUUGGACUUUGUAAUUGAACUUAGAGACCCAAUGCCUUUUACAUUCAGGACUAGAAGAUCAUUCCCAAAAAGUAGUUCCUCCAAGAAGAAGAAGGAAGGGAAGAUGCGUGACCCUCAGUUGCCCUAUCACUGGUGA